GGCCAGCAGCGGCCCGGCCCGGCCCGGCGCGGCGGCGGCGGCGACGCCAGAGCCCGAGGGCGUCGUUCGCGAGGCCGCCGCGGGAGCCCGGCCGCAGCGCGGGGAGGCCUGGGGCCUGGAGGCCGCCGCUGCCGCCAUGCCGCUGCUCUUCCUGGAGCGUUUCCCUUGGCCCAGCCUCCGCACUUACACGGGCCUCAGCGGCCUGGCCCUGCUCGGCACCAUCGUCAGCGCCUACCGCGCCCUCAGCCAGCCCGAGGCCGGGCCCGGGGAGUCGGAGCCACCAACGGCCGCGGUGCAGACGGAGCCGGCCGUACCCGCCCGGCCCAGCGCCGGCGGUCCCCGGGCCCGCGACGUGGCCCAGUACCUGCUCUCGGACAGUCUGUUCGUGUGGGUUCUAGUAAAUACUGCAUGCUGUGUUUUGAUGUUGGUGGCUAAGCUAAUCCAGUGUAUUGUGUUUGGCCCUCUUCGAGUGAGUGAGAGGCAGCACCUCAAAGACAAGUUCUGGAAUUUUAUUUUCUACAAGUUCAUUUUCAUUUUUGGUGUGCUGAAUGUGCAGACGGUGGAAGAGGUGGUCAUGUGGUGCCUCUGGUUUGCUGGACUUGUAUUUCUACAUCUGAUGGUUCAGCUCUGCAAGGACCGAUUUGAAUAUCUUUCCUUUUCUCCCACCACACCCAUGAGUAGCCACGGGCGAGUUCUGUCUCUGUUGAUCGCAAUGCUGCUUUCUUGCUGUGGAUUGGCAGUCGUCUGCUGUGUCACAGGCUACACCCACGGGAUGCACACGCUGGCUUUCAUGGCAGCAGAGUCUCUUCUUGUGACAGUGAGGACUGCUCAUGUGAUUUUACGAUAUGUAAUUCACCUCUGGGACCUCAACCAUGAAGGGACAUGGGAGGGAAAAGGAACCUAUGUCUAUUACACAGAUUUUGUCAUGGAGCUCACUCUCUUGUCCCUGGACCUCAUGCACCAUAUUCACAUGUUGUUAUUUGGCAACAUCUGGUUAUCCAUGGCCAGCUUGGUCAUCUUCAUGCAGCUGCGUUACCUAUUCCACGAAGUGCAGCGUCGGAUCCGCCGGCACAAGAACUACUUGCGUGUGGUUGGCAACAUGGAGGCCAGGUUUGCUGUGGCAACUCCGGAGGAGCUGGCUGUCAACAAUGAUGACUGUGCCAUCUGCUGGGACUCCAUGCAGGCCGCGAGGAAACUGCCCUGCGGACAUCUUUUCCACAACUCCUGCCUUCGUUCCUGGCUAGAACAAGACACCUCCUGCCCAACAUGCAGAAUGUCUCUUAAUAUUGCUGACAAUAACCGGGUCCGGGAGGACCAGCAAGGAGACAACUUGGAUGAGAACUUGGUGCCUGUAGCAGCCGCCGAAGGCCGACCUCGCCUAAACCAACACAAUCACUUCUUCCACUUUGAUGGGUCCCGGAUCGCCAGUUGGCUGCCGAGUUUUUCAGUCGAGGUGAUGCACACCACCAACAUUCUCGGCAUUACGCAGGCCAGCAACUCGCAGCUGAAUGCCAUGGCUCAUCAGAUUCAAGAAAUGUUUCCCCAGGUUCCAUACCACCUCGUGCUGCAGGACCUCCAGCUGACACGCUCGGUAGAAAUAACAACAGAUAACAUUUUAGAAGGACGGAUUCAAGUACCUUUUCCCACACAGCGCUCAGAUAGCAUCAGGCCUGCAUUGAAUAGUCCUGUGGAAAGGCCAAACGGAGACCAGGAGGAGGGAGAAGUUUCUGUGCAGACUGAGCGUGUGCCGCUAGACCUCAGUCCCCGGCUGGAGGAGGCCUUGGAUUUCGGUGAGGUGGAGGUGGAGCCCAGUGAGGGGGAAGACUUUGAGGCCCGGGGCAGCCGCUUCUCCAAGUCUGCGGACGAGAGGCAGCGCAUGCUGGUCCAGCGUAAGGAUGACCUCCUGCAGCAGGCGCGCAAGCGUUUCCUGAACAGAAGUUCUGAAGUCGACUCAGCCUCUGAGAGCUGCCUCCCGGCAGAAGGCACGACCUCUGACCCCGUGACCCUGCGUCGGAGGAUGCUGGCCGCGGCCGCCGAGCGGAGGCUCCAGAAGCAGCAGACCUCCUAGCGCUCGCCCGCCGCCCCCCGCCGUGGCCUCCAGCAGCGCCGCCGCCCAGGCCCGGCUGCCCUGCUCUGCGCGCGUCCGACGAGGGGCUCGGCCGCGCCGCGCUGUAUAAAGCAUGUGGUCUAAUAGUGUUUGGACGGCUGACAAACUUAAUCCUUUUUUGUAAUACUUUCUAUGUGACAUUUCUCUUCCCUUUAGAAACACUGCACAUUUUAAUUUGAGGCAUGAUCUCUUCUGGCGUUGACUGGACUUCUUAGGGGUGGGGUGACCGAGAGGAAGAGGGCGGCCAGAGACCCCCGAAGCCGGCAGCUCCGAUUCCUGGGUCGCAGCUGCUCGGAGAGGGCACCGCGGCCGCUGACGUCCUUAGCUCCAACUCUGGCAGGCAGGGCAGGGGCAGGGCUCCUAAAGAGCCGUGUGGGGUGUGCGGCCCGGGCCCGACUCCUCCGCCGGGUACUUUGGAUUGUCAGACCUCUGCUCUCAAAACGCUCCCGAGGCCAGAGCCCCAGGCUCCUGGAGCCCCGGGCCGGCAGGGCAUCUUGGAAAGUGACUCUUGGUUUGCCAGGUGGAGCAGAGGAGGGGAAAGGCCAGGGCCAUAGAGUGGGACGAGGCGGCCUGCCGGGUCCCAGUCCAUCUGGGACUGGCCGCCGAGCCCUGACCCGAUAACGCUGGUGCUCCGGCAGCUCAUGAGCACCCCUGCGUGUCUGUCCCCACCUUGGGAGUUCACAGCCCCCCACCCCAGACAUGGGGGCUGAGCAGCAAGCUUUGGGUUAUGGUUUGAAUUCCUUGGGCAAGUAAAUGAGGUGAUGCUGAAGUCUGUGGGUUUGGUCCUUAGAGAAAAGGAGGGCCUUACAAACGGGGCCAGUCACUGUUAGAGGGCUUUCUUGGAGAAAUAAAGAUCUCUUUUGUAUCUUCCCUGGAGCUCUUCAUUUUCAUCACUUUGCUCCUGUUGGUUUCAUUAAACAUAGAAAGGUAAGAUGUUGAAUCCACCUCCCUUGGAGCAGACCCAGGUCCUGAACCUGUUCUUCAAAUUCUUCACACAUUUAACUUUCAGGAUUUGAAACAUGCAAUCACAGGCUACAUAGUUCGGUUUUAUGUCCUCUUGGAUUAAGUUUUUUUUUUUUUGACGUUUUAAAACAUAGUUUUAUGGUAGUCCUUUGGGAAGAACCCAGUAUUAUCUAAAAUUAUUGGCAAAGUUAAAUGUAUUUUACAUAACUAAAGUUUUUGGAAUGUUGACAAGUAAUUGAAAAGAGUGAUGAGUAAAUGUUUAGGCCAAGAUAAUUUAUUUGAAUAAAUCUUUCAAAAGCCUUACCUUGAAAUGCUGUUAGUAGAUUUCUGUGAUUUUUUUAAAAAAUUGGUUUUGUUUUGCUGAGAGCAUAGCUAUUUGUUUUUAUUGUAAAACAAUAAUAAAAACGCAAACUCUU